AUGUCGGGAGAAUUAAUUGCUCUUGUAACUGGAUAUACAGGAGAAAGUGGAAAAGCACUUUUAAAAGAAUUAAUAAAAAAUAAUCAAUUUAAAAAAAUUAUAUUAGUUGGCCGUCGUCAAGUUGACUACUCAGAUAAUGAAUAUAAAGAAAAAACGGAACAACGUCAAAUAGAUUUUGAUAAAAUCGAUGAUUAUUCUGAAGCAUUUCGUGGUGCGAAUGUACAUUAUUGUUGUUUAGGUACAACAAGAGGCAAAGCUGGAGCUGAAGGUUUUCGUCGAGUUGAUUUCGAUUAUAUAGUUGGUGCAGCUCGACUUGCUAAACAAGCAGGAUGUAAACAUUUUCAUCUUUUAUCGAGUCAAGGUGCUAAUUCACAAUCUUUAUUUCUUUAUACUAAAGUGAAAGGUCAGACAGAAACAGCUUUAACUCAAAUGUCAUUUGAACGCUUAUCUAUUUAUCGACCAGCAAUGUUAAUGGUUGAUCGAGUUGAAAAUCGAGCAUUUGAAAGUUUUGCACAAACAAUUGUGCGUAAUACGGUACAACGUGUAGCACCUGAAUUAAUUACAACACCUAUUGAAAUUCUUGCACGAGCUAUGUGUUUUAAUGCAUUUACUAAAAAUCAAUCAGGAAUUGAAAUACUUGAUAAUCAUGCAAUUUUUCGCCUUGCUGAACAACAACCAUUUUUACCCAAAGACACAUAA